UGUAUUGUCUACAAUUAAUUUGUGUAAAUAAAAAUUKUUUGCGGAGCCGAAAAAGUUACGACAACGAAAAUUAUAGUUUAUAAAAAUAUAUUAAUUCAUUAGUAGAAUAGUGAAAAUCCACAGAAUUGACGAAACACAGAAAUGGACACUAAACUGGAUAUGUUCGAUGAUAACAUUUCGGCUUCUUCCCAAUUGGAAGGUGAUAUGUCCAUACCGGGAGCACGUAAGAAUACAUCACAAAUAGGCGCACCGGAUUUCAACACACUAGAUGAGCCAAUUAAAGAGACAUUCCUACGAGAUGUGCGCGCAGUUGGCGUAAAAUUCUAUCAUGUGCUCUAUCCUAAGGAGAAGUCCAGUUUGCUGCGUGAUUGGGAUUUAUGGGGCCCACUAGUCCUCUGUACAUUUAUGGCUACCAUACUGCAAGGUUCAGCAGAUAGCAUGUAUGAUGGCGGUCCAGAGUUCGCACAAGUUUUUGUUAUCGUAUGGAUAGGUGCGGCUAUAGUUACUCUCAAUUCGAAGCUCCUUGGUGGCAAUAUCUCGUUUUUCCAAUCCGUCUGCGUAUUGGGCUACUGCCUUACACCAGUGGCGAUAGCGUUGAUUGUGUGUCGUGUUAUUUUGCUAGCUACCCAAACGAAAUUAGCAUUUUUUUUGCGACUAGUAACCACUACGAUAGGAUUUGUGUGGGCCACAUAUGCUUCUUUUAUAUUUCUUGGCGAAAGUCAGCCACCAAACCGUAAACCACUUGCCGUAUAUCCAAUAUUUCUAUUUUUCUUCAUCGUAUCCUGGUUAGUUAUAUCGCAUACUUAAGUAAAUAGUAUGUGUAUUUWGAUUAUUUAGUCUACGUUUAUCAAACUUAUAAUGAAUUCCAUGAGAACAUAAAACCAAUUUAAUUUAGUAAUAC